CGAACCAGCAAUCGGCUUAGUGAGCGUUGAAAUUUACCAUCCUCUGACUGCCUGCUGAUCAGAAAUACAAAUCAGAUCCGACUGUACGUUCCAGCAAAACGAUCGCGUUCUCUGCGCCGAGCGAAGGGGCGUCUCACCGCAAGUGGCUUCCAGAGCAUUUUGGUCGCUUUCCUGUGAUUUUGUUAGGAAAGUGUUCAAACACAAGGACAUAUCUUUCUGUGAGAGGGAUUCCAAUUCGCGAGCAUCAUGAACCCGAGCAUGUAUUGUCGACUGAAUCUGGUCACUCUUUUGCUGAUUUUCUCCGCUAUUGGCCCAGUUGUUCACGUUCAAGGUUCCUACCUGGAGGGCCGUGUAGCUGUUACCCAGAGGGGAGGCCACGGGGAGGCAGAGGGGGGCCACAGCACCUACCCGACCACCCAGGACACUGACCGCGAUGGCCCACUGGUCACCACUGCUCCACCUUUCAACGUCCUCAACCACCACCCCCCUUACAAAGGCUUCCUGGCUCCGGAGUCGUACCACACCGACGACCUCCGCGGACACCCACAGUUUUUCGAAGACAGUGGGGGUGCCACCGUGCCAGGCUCGGGCCACCACCUGGUACAGGAGCCCUCCACGCAGCUGGUGCCCCACGAGGAUGCGCCGGCCUUCUCCGAUGUCGCUUCGCCAACCCCCACCACGGCGGCAACGCCUGCAUCCACCAUCACCGCCCGCGACCCUGCCGGCUCAGAUCAGCACGGGUCCAAGGUGGCGGACGCAAUGAACGGAAAAACCACAACGUCGCACAGAGAUUUCAUCAUGGCUGAAUCCCUGACAACUGCUACGCAUGCCUCCACCCCUCCCCCCUGUGCCAGUACUCCCAAUAUGGCUGUUACCAUGGGACGCGGCUCGUCAGACAGAGCCAGAGUUGCCAUAGCAACCACCGCAUCGCCGCCGGCCUUGGUGAAAACGGACACCAUCACCGAGAUAGAGAGGUCCGCAGCUCAGAAUAACAAGUCCCCAGACAAUGUGGUCCCUGCCGUUGCAUCUGCUGAUUUGGAGGAGGAAACCACGACAACCACCAUCAUCACCACCACUGUCAUCACAACCAUGCAGACCCCAGCUCCGUGUCUCACCAACUUCACGGCGCCAGAGGGCUACAUCGAGACGCCACAGCCGGCGCAGAUGCAGACGGGCUCCUGGUAUGAAACGACCGUGGACUGCACCUACACCGUGACCGUCUACAUGGGCUACGGCGUGGAGAUUCAGGUGAUGAACGUGAGCCUUGCGGAGGGGGACACGGUGAGGUUCGAGGACCUGGGCGGCCGCGAGCCCUCGGUGCUGGCCAACGAGUCCAUCCUCAUGAAGGGCCUGGUGGUGCGCAGCUGGAGCAACCAGAUCUCCAUCCACUUCCACAGCAAGCAGCCCAAGCCUGGAUCCUUUCUGCUCCGCUACCAAGCGUUUGUUCUGAGUUGCCCAUUCCCCGAGCGCCCGGCGUACGGAGAUGUGUCCGUGACCAGCCUGCACGCGGGCGGAGAGGCCUACUUCUACUGCUUCACUGGUUACCAGCUCCAGGGCCCCCCCACCUUGACCUGCCGCAAUGCCACCACCCCCUACUGGAGUGGCAAGGAGCCGCAGUGUCUAGCUUCCUGUGGAGGGAUGGUAAAGAACGCCACGGUGGGACGCAUCGUCUCUCCUGGUUUCCCUGGCAACUACAGCAACAACCUGACCUGCCACUGGAUUCUGGAGGCCCCCGAGAGCCACCGGCUGCAUGUCCACUUCGAGAAAGUGGCCCUUGCCGAGGACGAUGACAGACUGCUGAUUAAAAAUGGGAACCACAUCGACUCUCCCCCGCUGUAUGACUCGUAUGAGGUGGAGUACCUGCCCAACGAGGGCAUCGCCAGCAGCUCCAGGCACCUGUUUGUGGAGCUCACCACGGAUGGAUCCGGAACCUCCACUGGCACGGCCAUUAGAUAUGAAGCCUUUGGGCCUGGACACUGCUACGAGCCAUUUGUCAAGUAUGGCAACUUCACCAGCAGCGACAGCACCUACGCAGUGGGCACCGUGGCCGAGUUCACCUGUGACCCCGGGUACACCCUGGAGCAGGGAUCUGUCAUCAUCGAGUGCAUGGACCCAAACAACCCACAGUGGAACGAGACCGAGCCUGCCUGUAGAGCUGUUUGCAGUGGGGAGAUCACAGACUCCGCUGGGGUUGUGCUGUCUCCAAACUGGCCUGAGGCGUACGACAAAGGCCAGGACUGCAUCUGGGGCAUCCACGUGGAGGAGGACAAGAGGAUCAUGCUGGACAUCCAAGUCCUCCACAUGGGAAAGAAUGACCUGCUCACCUUCUACGAUGGCGAUGACCUCACCGCCAAGAUCCUGGGUCAGUACGGCGGCACGCGACCCCGCUUCAAGCUCUACACCACUACGGCCGACGUCACCAUCCAGUUCCAGUCCGACCCCGCCACCAACAUCUACGGCUACAACAACGGAUUUGUGGUGCACUUCUUCGAGGUGCCGCGCAAUGACACCUGUCCCGAGCUGCCCGAGAUCACCAACGGCUGGAAGACGACCUCUCACCCCGAGCUGGUCCACGGCACAGUGGUCACUUACCAGUGCUACCCGGGCUUUGAGGUGGUUGGCACGGAGAUGCUCAUGUGCCAGUGGGACCUGACCUGGAGCGGAGACCUGCCCAGCUGUGAGAGAGUGCUGUCCUGCCCAGAUCCGGGAACAGUGGAGCACAGUCGCCGCGUGAUGUCCAGUCCCCGUAUGACAGUGGGUUCCACCAUCCAGUACAUCUGCAACAAAGGCUACUCGCUCUCUGGAAACAGCCUUCUCUCCUGCUACAACCGAGACUCCUCCGGGCCCAAGUGGAGCGAGAGGCUCCCAAAAUGCAUUCCUGAUGUGUAUGAACCCUGCAAGAACCCAGGCACCCCACCCUACAGCUCCCUGAGACCCGAAAAGCGCCUCUACCAGGCGGGAGAGGUGCUGCACUUCACCUGCCAGAAGGGCUACGAGCUCCUGGGAGAGCCUGAAAUCCGCUGUGUGGCGGGACGCCCCUCAUGGUGGAGCAACCCUCCCCCUGUCUGCAAAGGCUCCGCACUCGAGUACAUUAAUGAGCAGAGAUUGGAUGUUGCAAGUGCUUACCUCAACAUUGAGGGCCCUAAUGUGGCCAUCGCUGUCUUCAUCCCUGUUGCCAUCAUCACUGCGGUCAUUCUAGGAAUUUACUUCUACUUUUCAAGGUACCAGGGGAAGUCCUUACGAUUGUCUACGUCCUCCCCACAGUACGACCACAUCAGUGGAGAUUCGGCUUUUGAUAACCCUAGUUUUGACACAGCAAACAGCGAGGAGACAAGAGAGUAUGAAGUUUCCAUUUAAAACACUGCAUUUUUCAGCCUGGAGGAAUUCAAGCCUUUUAUGCCUUGUGGAAGUAUUUUUUUCCGGCACCUUCCAUUUCUCCUGUGACUCGUCCCGCCUCCCUUUUUCCCUGUACGCCCUUACUGAACCUGCUGUAAAUAUCUGUCUUCAGAAGAAUUCUGCAAGCACUGUAAAGAGUGUGGACGACUUGAUAUUAUUUUUGUAGAGCUUCAAUAGCAAUGACCUAGCAGUGGUGUUUGUACAGUUUCUACCCAGUGACUGAUCCUAACAGAAUGAUAUGGCACUGACAGUAGGACACUACCCAUCAAACAUUAAUGUAAGUCUUUCUGUGUACAUAAAGAGACAGGUUGAUUUUGGUGACUAUUAAUAUUUUCAUUUUUCUUUUUGAUUCACUGGUAAUCAACCAUUUGCAUAGUAUCCUAUUAUAUAUAAAAACAUCUAUUUAAAGAUGUUUGAUUUAUUGGAUGACUGAUGGAAUGAACAGACAGCAAAUGUUAUAUUAUUUCCUCCAAAUAUUCAUUCCUCACCUGGUUUAGCCAGGCAACAUACAGUAAGUCUACACCUUGUUGAGGGGUUUUGCGAGAUCACUACACAGUAUUCUGCACCCACUGUUUUCAUUUUUAACAAAAUACUUGUCUUAGCCCUACUUUUAUGUUUGAUCAUUUGAUGUCUGGAUGUAUACUGAACUGUAAUGAACAUAACGGCUUGUGUUACUUAUUUUGCACUACUAAAUUAUUAUGAUGUUUAUUAUAUUGAAAAUGGAUAUAUUAUUAAGAGGGCAUUUUCCAAUGUUAUUAUCACUUGAAUUUUGUUUUUUAAAAAACUGAAUCAAACUGGUGAUGGACUGAAACAGAUCUUAGGCUACUUGGUGACUGCUGAGCAAAUCACCUUGGAGAAUGAAGGGUUAAAGCGAAGUGUGAAACUGUUCUCUCAACAGUAUUGUAAUAUGUGUAAUAAAACAAAUAUUAAAUGGCACACUUUGAAGAAUG